AGUAGCCAGAGACUAUGGACGGACGCAUAUAAAUUCUAAGCUAGUUUUGCGCGCAUUUACGGAGAAAGUGUGAUGUAAUUUCAAAUUGUUUUUAACAAUAACGUAUAAAAAAAAACGGUGCAACAGUCAAUGUGGAGUUUAUAAGUGAUUUGUGGCGUUCAAAAUUAAGACCAUGCGAGAAAGUCUGCGGAGGCUGGCUUCCGACGACGGUACCAGUAUGGUCAUGAGGCGAUCGAACUCGGGCAGAGUUAGGGUCGAGCUGUUAAACGGGGAGCACAUUACUGUUGAUGUAGACCGUAAGGCCAACGGGGCAGAUCUCCUAGACAAAGUGUGUGACAAUCUGGAUAUAGUAGACAAAGAUUUUUUCGGACUCUUACACGCACAGCGGGGAGACCCCAGGGUGUGGGUGGACUUAAAACGGCGCCUGUCCAAGACCUUUAGGAACGAACCAUGGGACGUUCGCUUGGCUGUCAAGUUCUACCAUCCGGAGCCGUCGGAACUGCAAGAUGAUGUCACGCGGUAUCAGCUCAGUCUGGCCGUGAGGAGGGAUCUCAUUGAGGGUCGACUCACAUGUUCCCAAAUCACGUACGCCCUGCUGGCGUCGUACGUGCUGCAGGCGGAGCUGGGCGACCGGGCGGGGCCCGUGAGCGCGAGCGCGCUGAGCGCGUGCCGCGCCGCGCCGCUGUGCGCGCUCGGCGACACCCAGCGGGACAACAUAGAGCAACUGUACGCGAAGCACAAAGGGCAAACACCAGCGGAGGCGGAGCUGAACUACCUGGAGAACGCGAAAAGGCUGCCGCUGUACGGCGCCGAGCUGCACGGCGCGCAGGACUCCGAGCAUGUCGACAUACAGAUAGCCGUUAGUGCAUCUGGAAUCGCCGUGCUGCGGGACGGUGUGAUAAUGAACAAAUUCCCGUGGCCCAAGAUCCUCAAGAUAAGCUACAACAAGCGCAUAUACACGCUGCGGCUGCGUUCCAGUGAGUUCGACGAGUUCGAGACGCAAGUGAGUUUCCACCUGCCGUCCAGCCGGGCCAGCAAGGCUCUGUGGCGGUGCAGUGUGGAGCACCACAUGUUCUUUAGACGCGAGCGGGCGACGGCGGUGGCCCGCGUGGCGCGGCUGCCGCGGCUGGGCUCGCGGCGGCUGGCGUGCCGCGCCACGCUGCGCCAGCUGCGCGCGCGCCGCGCCUGACGCCGCCCGCUGCUCUAGCGCUUCUCUAAAGCGGGAAUAUAGGAGAAACUGUGUUUAUUUAGAAAUUAAAAACUUUUUAACGGAUUUUAAACGUGAUUUAUUCAAAAAACUAACUAUAUUUUUCGUUGAAAAACUGUAUUUGAAAAUAAAUUUAAACAAAUAUUAACCUUUGAUUUUUCCCUUUUCUCUGAAAUUAUUAGACUGGUUCGAAAAAUAAUUAUAUCAUUUAUAUAGUAUAUAUAUAUAUUUAAACAAGUUUUUACAGUUUAACUGUAUUAUCUAUAAAUAUAACAAAUCGUCUUUGAACAAUGUCAAAGCUAUUUUUGGAAUCUUAUCAAACAGAGAUUAUGCCAUCCAAAAACCUUUGUUAUGACACAUCCAUAGUGGAGGCCUUUACCAAGUGACGCUGCGACAGCGAGCGACAUCCUGUCCGUAUCUCUCGUGAGCAAUAUUAAGCGUCAAUUCGUUAGCGGCACGACAACUUCUGUCGUAGCGUGGUUCGUGGUACGGGUCUAUAAAAAUUGAGAGAAAUAAAUAACUGUGAUAGUUUGUUUGCAUUAUUUAUCUCGAUCUGUUAGCCUUUUCAUAACUACAUCUAUUACAUUGAAGAUUUAACACUAGAUUUAUCAUAGAAAUUUAGUCCUAGCUUCGACUGACUUGAAUGUCCUAUUGUAGCUUUUUCACGUAAAAACGGCUGAUCAGAUAUUGAUGAAAUUGGACACUCGGUGUACGAUAAUUCUUUAUAUUUAUUUAAUACUAUAAAUUCGUAGCAAACUCGACUAAGACUCAAUUUAGAAUGACCAUUACAAAUCAAUUUCGAGUCAAAUGUCAUUUGAAAAAUAAGUAAUAAUGAUUUAUAUUAGUAUAUCUGUAUCAAGGUUGUUUCUUAAACACAGAUUAUAAAUUUAAUAGCUGAGACGUCACGAAAUGGCGCCGAUUCAAUCCUAUUCUUAGAAACACAUAGUUUGAAUUUUCAUCUUGCGACACGUAUUAAAUUGAUAAUAAUAAUAAUACAAAUGAUUUAUUGCAACCAAACAACAUACACAAUAAUAAAAACAAUUACAAAAAAAAAAAAAAAAA